AUGAUGAGUCACAACGCAAAGGAAUGGCAGGAAUAUGAGUCACUCCUGGAAGAUGAGACGCGGGAUUUAGUGGAACUACCAAAGGAUCGGAAGGCCAUAGGAUCAAGAUGGGUGUUCAAAGUUAAGCAUCAGAGUGACGGACGGGUGGAGAGAUACAAGUGCAGACUCGUCGCUAAGGGAUACGAUGAAACUUUUUCACCUGUGAUGCUGACUGGGCUGGUGACCAGGACGAUCGUCGCUCGGCAACUGGCAAUGUGUUCUUAUGGGUGGAGGAGCAGUGAGCUGGCUCAGCAAGAAACAGUCAACUGUUGCUCUUUCAACAGCGGAGGCUGA